AUGGAAAGCCUGAACAUUUUGCUUCGUGACAGCCUAUUCGGUCGGAUGCUCAACUAUACGUCGAAGGGCCGAUUUUUCUCUUACAAUGGAUCUAAAACCCUCAAAGAUGAAGACCUCCCCACCCCAGACCCCCAGCGGCGGAUCAUAGUAGGCUUCGUUGGCCCUGAUGAUCCAGAUAUCCCUCGAAACUGGCCCACGCUGGCAAGGACGGUCGCUGGGCUCAAUGUAAUGCUCUUGAACUUCAGCUUCUAUGCAGCAUCGGCUAUCUUUACGCCGAGUAUCGAGGGUAUCGAGGAAACAUUUGGAGCUACCACUGCCGAGGGCACAUUGGGGCUAUCGCUCUUUGUUAUUGCGUACGGAAUCGGUCCUCUAAUUCUUUCUCCUCUGUCGAGCCUGCCAACACUCGGGCGUUCGCCGGUAUAUGUCCUUGGCUGCCUUGCUUUUUGCUUAUUCAACAUCGGAACGGCUCUGGCAAAAAAUUUACAAACCGUUUUAGUACUGCGCUUUUUGGGUGGCUUCAUCGGAAGCACACCUAUUAGCGUCGGUGGCGCCUCGCUGAUGGAAAUUUACAAGCCAACUGAGGUCCCCUACGCAAUUGCAUUGUACGCAGUCAGUGGAGUUUGUGGGCCUAUUGUGGGACCGAUUUUUGGAACCCUUGUAAUAAAGCGUUGGAACUCCUGGAGAGCAACGCUCUGGCUCCUUUCCGGCAUCACUGCUUUCACGACCGUAUCUAUUUUCUUCUUUUUACCUGAGACAUUAUCCUCGAAUAUCCUUCUACGGCGAGCAGAACGUCUUCGCGCGCAGACGGGCAAUCUUGCCUACCAGAGUGAAGCUGAAAUCCAAUCACCAAGCGAAAAUCUCGCUGUGCGCAUUGUCAAGGACAUGGGCAACGAUCUUAAACUUGCCUUCCUGGACCCAGUCAUUCUAUUUGUUAACAUGCAUACGAUGCUAGUUUACGGUGUCCUGUACCUUUGGUUUGAGUUCUUCCCAUUCGUCUUUGACGGCAUUUAUCAUUUCACUGCAAUCCAGCAAGGUCGUGAGUUUCCCUCGGCUGACUUUUGCACAAAAGACUGUGCUAACAACGAUUCCCCUUCAGUUGCCUUCUUCGGUAUCCUCGUUGGAGCAGCGGUUUCGGUCAUUGCAUACGUUCUAUGGUUAUACUUUUCCUACCAGCCACGAUUGGCAAAUGUGAGUGUCGUUGUCGAGCCAGAGGCUCGCCUGGUCCCAGGGCAAGUAGGAGCUGUUUGUAUUCCAAUUUGUCUUUUCAUCUUUGCAUGGACAUCCCGAGCAAGCGUACACUGGAUCGUCCCGGUCGUUGGAACAGCAUUCUUUGCGCCGGGCUUCUACCUCACUUUUCAAUCCAUCCUCAAUUACCUAGGCGAAUCCUAUCCGCGCUAUGUGGCAAGCGUAUUUGCCGGUAACACCUUCUUCCGAAGCUCGUUUGGAGGAGCACUGCCGCUGGCUGCACCACGCAUGUUAAAUUCACUUGGAAUUGGAUGGGCCUCGAGCAUACUGGGCUUCAUUUCUGUUGCCAUGGUGCCCUUACCUUUCAUUUUGCAACGAUACGGCAGAAAACUGCGUUCUUGGAGCCCAUAUGCGGACUAA